GGUCGAUUCCAACGUCGCCCUUACAUACCUGGAUUAGUAUAAAAUAAAAAGAACUGGGCUGCCGGGGAAGACGGGUUAGGAUGUGGCUAUGCAUUGUAUUGGCGACCAGGGGUCUGGAUCGAAAGUAGAUCUUCAUUCGACAACACGAAAAUGUGCCCCAUGAUGCUCAUUUAACGAAUUUGGUAAAAGGACCUUGCCUUUGGGGAUUAAAAUGCUACGAUGUCGCUGUUGGAUAUUCGGGUUUGUUUUAAUGCGAUGUAGGCGCUUCAACGACAAUUAAGGUGUUCAUCGUAUACUACACUCGUUCAAGAUGCGGUGGAUACUCGAAUUCGCGAUCGGUGCGCUCUUGGUCACGUCGACUACCGCUAGGUCAACAUCGUUGCGCGCCGUGAACAAGCGAUACGUGGAGGAACGAAAUGGCGUCAAUUACAAUGUUUUCGAACAUGCCGCCACGAAUUCUAAGUUGUCAUUCGUUGAGAAUUCAGGCAUAUGCGAGACUACGCCUGGUGUAAAUCAAUAUUCGGGAUACAUCACGGUGGGUCCGAAUAUGAAUAUGUGGUUCUGGUUCUUCGAAGCUCGCAGAAAUCCCCAGAAGGCACCGUUGGUAGCGUAUUGGGACGGCGGCCCAGGCACUGCGGCUGAAUAUGGACUCUUCACGCAGAAUGGACCCUGUCAUUUCGUUAACAACGAAACUGAACCGUCGUUGAACCCGUAUAGUUUCAACGAAUACGCUAAUAUGUUGUACAUUGACCAACCGAUUGGCACUGGUUUCUCGUACGGCAAUGCAACGGUCAAUUCGACCAAGUCGGCCGCUCCUUAUGUAUGGAAUCUUCUGCAAGCAUUCUACGACAGCUUUCCCGAAUACGAAAGCCGUGAUUUUAGUGCUUUCAGUCAAUCGUACGGGGGGCAUUUCGGGCCUGAGUUCGUACGUUAUAUCGUAGACCAGAACGCCGCGAUUGAACGCGGAGAUAUUCAAGGCACGGAUAUCAAUGUAGUCGCUCUCGGUGUGAGCAAUGGCUGGUUCGACUCCGCCAUCCAAGAAAAGGCCAACAUCGAGUUCGCGUAUAAAAACCAGUACCGACAGCUUAUCAACGAAUCCUUCUACGAAGAGCUCCUAGACAGCUACGAGACUAUAUGCAAGCCUGCGUUCGCGAAAUGCACGGCUACUGGUACGACGGAGGACUGCUUUACUGCUUAUAUGAACUACACGAAUGAGAUCGAGUGGCCGAUACUUGCGUCUGCGAGGGAGGGGGUGUCUGAUUUUUACCUUGGCGAUAUCCGCGUGCCGUAUUCGAGACCUCCCACGACGCACGUCGAGUACUUGCAAAGAGCGGAUGUGCAGAAGGCUCUUGGGGCGAGGGUGAAUUAUACGGAUUCGUCUAGUGCAGGGCCGUUUAUCUACUCAGGUGAUGAUCCGAUUUCAUUCAUACCCGCACUCUCAGACCUGGUCAAGGCUGGUGUUAGAGUCCUCAUUUGGACUGGCGAUGCGGAUUACCUGUGCAAUUGGCCUGGCACCCUUGACGUAGCCGAUGCGAUUCCCUGGUCCGGUCAAGAGAUAUUUGCGAACCAGACCUUGGUGCCGUAUACUCUUCAUGGUACAGAGAAGGGUACAUUCAAGACUCUGGAUAACUUAGUCUUCAUGCGUAUUUAUGAGGCCGGGCACAACUUACCAUUCUAUCAACCGGAAGUGUCCUUGCAAAUAUUCAGACAGACGAUGGAGAAGGGAGGUUUGGUUCCUACUUAGGUACCUCGGGUGCGUGAUGAGAGCUACGUAGGGUAGUAAAUAUCAUACCUACAGUUGAACUAUACAGUGUCUAAUCAUACGUACUGUACCUUUGCUUUUAAUUGGAGUCCUCCGCAAUUGCUG